CUAGGUCCUGAUGCAAGCGAGGAUCUAAAUUGGCGAUCUAAAGAUCUCUGCUGCUUGUACGGAGAGUUCGUAAUUAUACCAAAUUUUUCCCACACGUCGACGACGUCCUACAUUGUUCUCUAAAGAUGAAGUAAAAGAAGUUCUACGGCCACAUAAAAAUUCUGCUGGGCUCUUUUUCAUCUUCGCAUCCCACUAAAAAAUUUUUUUAUCACAUGAUUCACGACACAGGGACCGUGUUUCCUCUCACGGUAGUAGAAUAGGUUCUGCUGUCCUAUAAAGUUUCACCCACAAACCACACCAUGGGAGGUGGCAACAAGGCUGGCCUCAAGUACACCUCCGGGUACUUGCUGGCGGCCAUGAAGGGCGACGAGGUCACGGCUGACAUGAUCAAGUCCAUCUUUGAGGCUGGCGGCGUCGAGUACGAAAUGGAAUACAUCAACCUGGUCGUCGAGAAGAUGUCCGGCAAGUCGGUCUCCGAAGUGUUGAGCGCAGGUAUAAACGUUUUUUCUCGUCUAGACGAAGUGCCGCUGUUUCUGUGUGUUCCAUGCCAUGACUUGUUGUUUCAUAUUUGCAUUCACAUAUUACUUCAUGCUUGCUGUCGUUUAAAGACUCUAAACGAAAAUAUCGAAUUCUUAAAUUCACAAUCACAGGUCUGGGCAACCUGGAGGCUUGCGGUGGAGGCGGCGGUGGCGGUGCUGCUGCCGGCGGAUCCGCCGGUGGUGCGGCCGCGGGCGGUGCCGAGGAGAAGAAGGAGGAGGCUCCUCCGGAAGAGGAAGAGGAGGAGAUGGAGUUCGAUUUGUUCGAUUAAACUGUUGUUGGUGCACCAAUUCUGUGUUACCAUGACAAAAAAUCGUGCUGAUUCAAAAUGACACGACGACGACGUCCCAGGGAAGAAGAUGUGACUGAACUUAAACUACUACUACGGGAAGGCAUGAG